AUGUCUUUCGAAUGUCCAGCGUUAUAUCCCAACACCAAUAUCCAGAACGUGUUGGAUGUGAUCGAGCACUUGGAAAAUGUGAGCUUGGCCACAUUUCAACGGAUUAAUGAAAAAAUCGAUGAACAACGUCAAUUUCUAAGCGAGGUACAUCAACGAGUGUCUGUGAUUAAGCAUUCAUUGAAUAGUAUUCAAUUGGAGAGAAAAAACGAGACGCUCCUUGUGAAAAGCUCUCCAGUUUUUCCUUCCAUGUCAAAGAUAAACGACAAGCCCUGCUUUUCUAUGACUCGCGAUCGAAUCACCGUGCAAGACAUGAUCACUCAUAGGCACUCAAUUCCUUAUUUUCCGAAUCAUCGACCAAAAUUGCAUCAUCACAAUACCAGUGUCAAUCAUUUCAAAACGACUUCCAAUUCACCCAUUUCAAUGAUGGAUGGUAUUGGAAAAUAUCAUGCAUAUCCAAUAUCAUCUGUGAGUGAGCUUGUUUGUUUCAAUACAAAUAUGCGUGUUUUCCAUAAUUAUCAUGGAGUAGAUCCUCUCAGUUCCAACACUUUCACCUCACGUGGUGAUCGUUGCAGACCACCACCAUGUGACAAUCCUUUAAAAAUACCACCUGGACCAUAUUCGCUAUCUUUCAAUUCCAUUUACGAAUGCAUUCAGGAAAGAAAGAAUCAAAACGAUAUCAUCACACCCUUUGUUCCUAUCAUGCAUUCAUUACCUCCACUUGAUUUGCCAUCCAAUCUCAAUUUGCCAAAUAUUGCCUGUACUACUCAUUGGGAGCGUCAUGCUGCUGUGGAACAAGAACGAAUGCCUACUCUUCCAUGUGAAAUAGUGAAUAUCGAGCAACAAGUAGGGAUGAGCAAGUCUGAAACAAGAGAGAAUGAACAACAGGAUUUUUCUCAAGAACCAAUCAUUUUCGAGCCAUUAGUAAUCAUGGAAAACCAUUCCUUAUCUGAAGUAGUUCAACCACCAUGUUCAACAUCUCAUAAUUUGGAAAUUCCAUCUGAAACGAAUCAUUUGAGAGACACAACUCAACAAAUCGAUGACAUUCAAAUCAAUAUAUUCACAGAAAAUGAAACCACAUCAAUGACGGAAAAUGAAAACAUCAUCGUGACAGCUCCUCCAAAUCUUUGGGAUUCUAUCACCAACUUUACAAGAGAUAAUUUAAGACGAACGGUACCAAAUGCUCAUAGGAAUCAGCAUGAAAACUCAAAUACCAACCCUAUUUAUGGUCAUAUGAUAAGGGUUCUAGAUUUGAGGAGAAUAGGCAUUGAGGGUAGUGCGGAUGAAGAAAAUGAUACCUCUUCCACUGUGACUGACACCUGGUAG